AUGUUCGCCGACGGCCUCUGGGCGGGCGUCGAGCUAGCGCGGCCCAUCGGCAAGAACGACGGCUCGGUCGGCGGCCGACGCUACUUCUUCUGCCAGCGCGGCCACGGCCUGUUCGCUCCCGCCGAGAUGGUGGAGCGGUUCGACCCUUCGCCGCCUGUGCCGACGGCGACGCCGGCUCCGGUGCCGACCGACGCGGGUGAGCGGCUGACCAACGUCAGCGACGGCGUCGACGACGAGCUGCUGCAGGACAUCGAGCUGGACGAGGUCUCGUUCGGCAUCCUCACGCCCGACCAGAUGGAGGUGGACACGCAGCUGAUGCUCCGCUCCGAAGACCUGAGCCGCUCGCUGGACAUGCUUGCCAGCCCGAGCGCUGUGCCACCCUCGCCCGCCGACCUGAACCACACGUUCGUUGUGGAGGCGGAGCAGGCGGCGGCACGGCGCGGCCGCGGCUCACCCGCCGGGGACGAGGCGCGCCUCGUGAGGAUGGCGUCCGACUCCGGCGGCGCGCUGAACAUCACGGUCACCCUCAAUACCGAGCCCGACUGGGAGGACGAGUUCGGCGAGCCUGAGGACCAGCCGCUGCUGGAGAAGCGGGCGUCGCAGGAGCGCGAGCAGCUGCCCGGGGAGGGCCGGGAGCCGGUCGAGCAGCCGCGGCCGGAGGGGCCCGAGGAGCAGCAGGAGGUGGCGGAUGGAAAGGAGCAGAGGAAGGACGCGACCGGGCCGGACCGCAAGUCGGUGGUGUUCAGCGAGCCCGAGACGCAGCGGCCAGACCCGGCCACCAGCUGCGCCAUCUCCACCACCAGCAUCGACGGCGGCUACCAGGGCGACAGCGAGUUUGACACAGGCACGCCAAGCGAGGACCCGGCGCGGCCGCCGCCCCGGCUGGACGUACUCACCGACUCGGACUUCUGCAGCGAGGGCGCCGCCGGCACCGAGAGCGAGGCCGAGCACCGGCUCACCGACGACAUGGAGUCAAGCGGCGUCUACUCGGACGCCGAGUCGCGCCGCUCGGCCGAGCCCGACCGCGAGCCGAUCGAGGCGAUCGCGGAGACGGAGGAGACCACGCUGUCGCCGGUGCUGGAGACUCCGGCCGAGGAGCAGUCGUCGCCGCAGCGCGCGCAGCCCAAGGGUCGCUGGGACGCGGUCAUGAGCCGCAUCGAGCAGAACAAGAACGAGGAAAAGACGCGGCCGCGGCGCGAGGUCAAGAGUCGGCUGUACGAGGGCGUGACGCCCGCGAAGGGCACGCAGAACGGCUCCCGACGCAGCCUCGUCAGCGACUGCUGCCGACACGGCUGGCCGCUGACGGACGCGCUGGUGCCGGUGGUGCUGACGUGA